GCUCCUCCUAUGUGCCGGGGCAAGGAAGGCUUCUUUGGCGCCCUCCUUUCGGAUGCCCCGCCCCAGGUCACUAGGCCGGCCGCCUUGCAGCACCAGGGGUCCCGCGGCUGCAUCCAGGCAGGGCCUAGGGGCGGGGAGCGCGAAUUGCGCGCUAUGAUGAAAUCCCUUCGCCGAGCGGGUAUAGGGUACGCGGCGGCUCAUUGCAAUAUUCAGCAGCGGCAGCUGUGGCAGGGCGAAGGCGCCGGCGCCUCCUCCGCUCUCUUCGCCUCCUCCGCUCUCUUCGCCUCCUCCUCCCUACCGAGCUGCUCCAUGGCAGAGCUGCCCUGACUGCCCCGCUGCACCGCGCCGCCCGCAACCCUGUCUCGCCCGCUCCAGCCCGGAAUGAUCUGAACCCCCCCGCGGAGACGCACCCGAGUCCAGCGCUAUCGCCAAUCGCAGAGCUCAGUGCCGGGAUGGAUGCGCUUAUGAAGGGCUUGUCCAAGGCAAAGGAAGGGGUAGUGGCUGCAGCGGAGAAGACCAAGGAAGGGGUAGCGGUGGCAGCAGAGAAGACCAAGGAAGGCGUGCUUUAUGUCGGCAGCAAAACUCGGGAAGGUGUUGCAGGUGUGGCAUCAGUUGCUGAGAAGACGAAGGAGCAGGCAUCCCAGCUGGGUGGAGCUGUCUUCUCGGGGGCUGGCAAUAUUGCAGCUGCCACAGGCCUAGUCAAGAAGGAAGAAUUCCCCACUGACCUGAAGCCCGAGGAGGUUGGUCAGGAAGCAGUGGAGGAGCCACUGAUAGAGCCGCUGUUGGAACCUGAGGGAGAGAACUAUGAAGAGCCCCCGCAGGAAGGCCUUGAUGCAGAUGGUAACGGAGAGGAGCCCCUACACCCGCAUCCUGUCAGGAGUUCUUCCUCGAGUUCUGCUCCAAGGGACCUCAUCGGAAUCUGUGUUUUGUGUAUUGUGGUCUUUAGCGUUAAAAGAGAAGAAUUCUGAAGACAAACCCUGGCUGCAGCGGUUUGUGUGUGCGCGCGUGUGCAUUUGUAAGCCCAGCCUUACUGCCCUGUCUCCCUCCCAGCACAGUAAGGCCAGGUUUCCUUGUGUCUGUAAGAAGCAUGUUGUAUCUUCUCCAUUUUUAAGCAAAGCAUUCCAUCACUUCGCUGAGACCCUGCUGUACAUUUGCCUGCACGUGAAUCAUGCCAACUCCAUCACCAGUGGUAGAACUUUUUUUUAUAUCUUAAAAUAGAUUGUUUACGCCUUUGUGAUCUCUCCCUUUCCUGACCUUUCUUCGCCCCGGCCUUGUAACAGACUCCCUGAUUUUGACAGUUCAGAAGUUGUGUCUGUGUUUCCCAAACAAAUGGAGCACCCUCCCUUUCCUGCCCCCAGCGCUCUGUGUUGUGACUGUGGCAUGGAUAUAUACCUCCCACUGUCGCUGUGUGUGCAAUCCUGGGGCAGCUGCCAGUGACACAGCUGCCCCUGUGUCCAUGAAUAAAGCCAGCUCUUGUCUGUACCUGCUUGACUGCUUCCACAUUGUUCACAAGUCAAGAAGAAAGCAGUUGCCUUGCUUUGUUCUGUGAAUAGGGUGGCUUUUAUGGGCCCAGUGUCCUGUAGCUACUGAUUUUUCAGAAGCCUAGACAGCACAGGAAAUAUUUCCUAGGAGCAGGAAAUAGUAUUGCUUCUAGCGAGGGAAAAAAUAAAAACAAAUACACCAGUGGAGGUUCCUCAGCCAGAUAACCAGACUCAAAGGGCAACCAGGUUCCUUUUCAGUAGUUAAAAAGAAACAGGCAUUUCAGCAGACGGACCCUUUAGUCACCCUUUUCUAACAAGCUAGGGAUUUAGAAAGAGAUCUGGUGUUGUAAAGCCUUUAUACAAAUCUACUAUGUGGGUGCAGUUGGAAAACUAUACAGUUCUGGUCACCACAUUUCAAAAAGGACAUUGUGGAGUGAGGAAAUAGGUAGA